AUGUCAGCGACUCGGCAAGUAGAAAAAAUGAUAAGUGGGAGCAUGUCCGCAAAGGAAGGGGAUUCAAGCCCUGAGGAGGCCCCACAGAAGACAGGCGGGCACGCUGAUGUAGAUACCACUAGGGACGAAGAGGAAGGGACGCAGCAGUCGGAACACGAGGUCUGCAAAAGGGACGCAGAGGGAGCGGAAGAGCCCGCUUACCCGAUUGAUGAGGGUGUACUGACUCCAUGGUGGCGAGAGGCUGGUGAGACACGAGAACCUGAUAGGGAAUAUACAGUACUGGCCUCUCCGGACUCUGGAAAUACAGUGGGGGUACGUCGCACGGAUGAGCAGCAAGGGGGACUGUGCUACACAUGGAUUGGAUCUUGCCACCCCCCAGUCCGCCAGACCAGUAUCCAGGCUCAAAGUAGCACAACUUCAAAGGGAGAAGCGGAGAAGUCACCGAGGACCGAGGCACAACACGGACAUUUUCAAUUGGAAGUCUGGAUGGCAGAGGCGUUGUGGGUCUCUACGGAGUUCCGGAAUGCCCGAGGCCUUCCCGACGCACUCUCGGGAGGGAUGGGUGCUAGAGAGCUUCACCCGUUUUGA